AUAACGUGUCGGGGUAUUAUUACCAGGAAGUGGGUUGAGUUAUUUAUAUUUUAACGCUCGUCCUUCGGUGCCCAUGAGGGAACCGGCUUUAGUAACUUGAUGCUAAAUAUUAAAACAUUGUCUGUGCCGAAUCAACCUGACAGCAAACAACUGGCUUUGUAUUUGGACAAGAAUCAGAACGAAAAUGUGCCGAUCUGAAUAAUGAAAGAAGUGUGUGGGAGGCCAAAGUGACCCUUGCUGCUUUGAAAAGGAGCUAAAAAACUGCCAUAACAGAACCAAUUAGUUUGAGAAUCGACAUCAUCAAGACCGAAAUAAAGACAUUUUUGGUUUGGAUAAAAAGAGUUAAGCUUCCUUAAAAAAAGGAUAAACAUAAAGGAUGAAGGUCCACGAGAAGCUUCUGACCCAUUACUUGUCGUGCACUUCUCCGGUUGAUAAAGAGGGCUACCUCAACAAAAAGAAAAUGAGAACCGCCACCUUCCAGCGGCGCUGGUUCGUUCUGAAGGCCAACUUGCUCUUCUACCAGGAGCGUCCGGCUGACCGGCACCUGCUGGGGGUCAUUGUGCUGGAAGGCUGUGCGGUACGCUGCUUGGCGGCUGAAGAACAGUUUGCUUUCUCCUUGGUGUUCGGACCUGGGCUCAAAACGUACACGUUUGCGGCGGAGAAUCGUCAAGCUCAAGAGAGCUGGGUGGAAGCGCUGAUGUCAGCGAGUCACUGUUACCUGUCCUUGCUGGUGAAGAACCUGGAGAGGGAGUAUGAAGAAGCUAAACAGCAACACGGUUGCAGAGCGGCCUCCUCGUCCAGCAGCGCUCUCAGUCUGUCUAUGAACAGGAUCUCGUUGGCUGUGCCGGGCCCAUCAGUGGACGUCAGGGAGUGGAGGAGCUUCAGCGCCAGCGCCGUUCUCCAAGCACCGCUGGCAUCGACUAAAGCAGCCACUAAAAAAUCCCCCAAACUGUGGUCCAGGAGAAACGCCUACGUCACUCCACUCAACGGGCCGGCUCUCCCGUACGGAGAGUGGUCGAUGCAGGAGUUCAGCCAACUUCACGACUAUUACGGACAGGAAGUAGAAAGAGUGAGAGAAGAGUGGCUGAAGAGUAAACGUGUGGAGGACGACACGAGUGAGGAGGACCUUAUCGACCUGGGAUGAAGAAAAAAUGAUGCUUUAAGAGGAACUGUGAUGGAGGAAGUGAACUGUGACCCCAUCCUCCAAACAUUUCAGUGUUAAUGUUUUAGAUCAUUUUCUAUUUUGAUGAUUUAACAUAAUUAAGGAAUUACAUUGAGACAAAUACAUUUGACUUGUUUCUGGUUAUUCUGAAAACCUGCUUCUUUAUUUACCUUUUUUCUGUAGAAAAAUCAAUGAUUAGGUGUGAAAUUGUAAAAUGUAUUAAUUGAAUUAAAUCAUAAAAAGCUGGUAAAUGUUCUGAAUCAGAAUAUUUAUGACACUUUAGCUACAAAAUGUUUCAUUCAAAGCAGAUUUUCUAAAAAAAUCCAGUUUAGUACAUGCAGGUUUUUUCUUUUCUUGAAAAUAAUUGCUUCCUCUUGCUGCAUUUUCACUUCUUAUGGUCAAGAAAAUAGACAAAAUACCUCUGAUAAGGAAUAAUAAUUCACUUAAAAUUAUUAUUAUUAUUUUAAAUUAAAUCUGACGUAAUUUCAGUGACUUGUAGCUAUUUAUAAAAAAAAGUUUCUGACAGCAUCAUGCGAGCCUGUGAAUUUAUACUAUUUAAUCUUUUUUUGACAUUUAUCUAAUUAAGAUCAUUGUUUAAAUCAUUACAUAAAACAGAAAUGUAUCAACAAAUUUCCUCAUUUAUACAGACAAAAUUCUAAUUUUUAAUUUAUAUUCUUAGAAUUGAUGUAAAAUGCGUUUUUUAUGCAAGUAAAUCUGAUUGAACAGUAGAGGGCGCUGCAGGCACAGUUUUAAGGGUGUUCAAUGAAGGAUGAUAGUUAAGGAGAUAUUGGACACAAUGAAUAUAAAAUUUGUAAAUUAAAUGAAAUAAAAAAAAAUUAAACAAAUUAAAA